CAAUGUCUGAACAAGAGCGUAUACAGGAAUGCCUGAGGAAAGAAAUAAGGUCGCUUCUCAUUUCCACCAAAGAUGGUUUGACCCCACAGCAGUUGGAAGAGGAGUACCUUUCCAUGGUUGGCAACCAUUUACCACUCCGAAUCCUUGGGUACCGAUCCACUAUGGAGCUGGUGUUGGACAUGCCUGAUGUUGUCAGUGUCUGCCCCUGUGGGGAUGGUACCAUAAUAUUGAAAGCCAUUCCAGAUGAAUCCACCAAAAGAAUAGCAAGUUUAGUUGCCAAACAGAGGAGCAGCCAUAAAGUUCGAAACUCCAUGCAGAAGGGAAGGGCCAGUGCUUGCUCUGGGCCAAGCUCUCGUCCGCGAGUACCUUACCGAGGAAGGGUGCCCCCUAUUCUUCCAGCUGUUGUGAAGAGUGAGUUGAAAGACCUCUUGGCGUUUUCUCCUGUUCUCCUCUCUGAUUUUGAAAAGGCAUUUACCAAGCGAUUUGGACGAUCAUUCCAGUAUGUGCAGUAUGGAUUCCUUUCUAUGUUUGAAGUGCUGAAUGCCGCUUCGGAUGUUAUUUCUGUAGAGCAGACCAGAGCAGGUUCUUUGUUGGUGCUAAAGAAGAGUGUAUCAGAGGAAAAGCAGAGAGGAUGGCCAGCAGGUAAAAUUUUUACCCAGCCUUUUAGAAUGAAACAACAAGGGUCAUACCCCACAAGCUCCCCAGCAGCAAAGACACGCUUUUCACAACCCACUUCAAACAUGGAACCACCAAAGCAAAUACUGAACAUGGACAAGACUUCUAAGUCAAAUGUAGUGGAGACUUCAAGGCUGAAUCACACUGAAAAGUUAAACCAGCUGGAGAACACAUUCAGAUCAGUUAUUGCCCAAAUUGGACCUGGAGGGACUAUCAGUCCAGAACUAAAACAUAAGAUAAAAUUUGUUGUAUCCAAGUUUCCAGAAGGUUUGCUUAUUUCUAAACUGCUUGGAGAGUUUGAGGUAAUUUUUAAAGAGCAACUUUCACCAAAAAAAUUAGGAUUCUUAAAUGUGACAGAACUUGUUGGAGCUCUAAGUGACAUUCUCCAUGUUGAGUUCAGGGAAGGAGAACAAGAUUUACUGAUAUUUGAUGCUGAUAUGAAGCCUCUUCCACCUGAUGGGGCUGUUUCCUCAGUCAGAAGUUCAUGUUUAAUUCAAUCAGAUAAGAAAAUAGAAGCCAAAACUUGUGUCUCCAGUCCCCUUAGAAAUUCACUGUCUACUGCUGCUGUCAAGGAGACUACAUGGGAUUGCCCUUCAAAAAACCUUAAAGAGCCAAAACAGAAGAUUUGCAAGAAGCCUAAUUUGGUAGUGAAGCCUUUACAGCUGCAAGUAGAAAUUAACAAAUCACAGCUGAACCCGGCAGUGGCAAAUCAUGAUAUCCCACCAGAUGCUGUACAGGACAAGAAAUUAUGCAGAUUGCCACCAUUAGAUACCAGUACCCUUGUGGGGGUCUUUGUGGAGUAUAUCAUCUCUCCUAGUCAAUUCUACAUCCGAAUCUAUAGCAGGGAUUCAUCAGAGAAACUUGAAGACAUGAUGAUUGAAAUGCGACGCUGUUAUUCUAAUCAGCUGGUUUCAGAUCGAUAUGCCAUGCCAGAAUAUUUUAUCCAACCAGGACAUCUCUGUUGUGUAAAGAUUUCUGAGGAUAAGUGGUGGUAUCGGGUUAUUAUCCAUCGAGUCCUCGGGAAACAGGAAGUUGAAGUGUUCUACCCAGACUUUGGAAAUAUUGGAACUGUUCAGAAGUCCUCCCUGAGGUUCCUCAAGUGCUGUUACACAAAGCUUCCGGCUCAGGCUAUCCCUUGUUCUUUGGCUUGGGUGAGACCAGUAGAGGAACACUGGACAUCCAGAGCUAUUUUGCAGUUCCAGAAGUUGUGUGGUUUGAAGCCAUUAGUGGGGGUAGUGGAUGAAUAUGUAGAUGGAAUCCUUAACAUUUUUCUGUGUGAUACAUCCUCAAACGAAGACGUCUAUUUCCAUCAUGUCUUGAGACUAGAGGGCCAUGCAAUCGUAUGCCGAGAAAAUGUCCCUUCUAAGGGUUUCAGAGAACUCAACCCUUUAGCUUUAUACACUAACUCCAAUGCAGGGCCAGAGGAUGUCAUCUUGACAGAACUGGAUUAUCUUUCCCAGCAGCACUAUUUUCAUGAAGACCGAGAAAUAAGUCCACAAUCAAAAGAGAGUGAAUUGUGUACCCUGCAAGAUAUUAAUGCUGAAAAGGCUUUCAGUCACCUUAAAUCUGAGUCAAAGGAGCCAAAGGAUUCUGAAUUCAGUUCUUUGAAAACCCAAGAUAAGAGCUGUGAAGGAGAUCCAAAGUGGUCCAUCCCCGAGCUAAAGGAUCUGAAGGAAGAAAAUGAGGAUGAGAUCCCCACUGGAAUGCCGUGCCUGGAGUCAGUGACCAUAGAUGAUGAUAUUUGGGAUGAGAACUGGUUACUUUUACAGGCUAAAAUAGGGAAUGGAGGUGAUGCUGCCUCCCACUUAUUUACCUCAAGCCUUGACAGAAAGAAACCAUAUCCAUCCUGUGAAGAAGUGCCACAGAAGGAUUGGUGUUUUUCUAUGCCCAAAGAUAUAUGGGAUGAUUCGUGGCAGCCUUCAGGCCUUGUGAAUGGAAUGAAAGUAGAAGUUCAAAAACCAAGACUAGGUGCUCAGGAAGACAAUACAGACACAACUAGAAUUCAAAAGCAACCGGACAGAAAGAGUUCUUCAGAUUCUUCAACAUUGCCCAAGUUGGAAGAGUUCUGCAUCUCCCUUAUCCAGUCACAGCAGUCAGCAGAAGGGAGCCAGAUUGAACCUAAUGACAUUCAGACUCAGGAAAAGCAAAUUCAGUUGUCCACAGCAGCACUCAGUUCAACUCCUACAGUGGUUGAUUCCCCAGAAGAACACUCUGGUUCAGUGGAAAGCUCUCCAGAGAGACUAAAGAAUGAAGAUUUUUCUAGUAGCCAUGCUAUAACAGUGUUCAAAGACAAGAGUCAUGGAGCCAUGGACCAGCUCUCUUUGAUUUUGUCUCCUCAGCUCCAGAUUUCUCAGAAGCUCCUCAUUCCUCGAAGUACAGCCACUGCUGCCUUAGGAGCUGCUGCGCGAUUAGCCACGUCCAGGAGCCUCCUACACUGGUACCCCAGUGUGAAAAGGAUGGAGGCAUAAGGGGAGGAAAAAAUAAUCCAGGUGCUUAGGGCUUGGUGAUUUCAGGCCAAAAUGAGGAGGAGGUAUUAAGAGGAAAUAGUAUGUUGAUAGUUGAUGCCUUUGUCUUUCUGUGUGACUAUAUUUUAGUUUUAUUAUGCUAAUAGACCACUUUGUUGUGUAAUCAUUGAUAUUGUUAAUUUUCAUUUUUAUUGACUGUAUUUCUUAUUCUGUAUAAUUUUGUCCACCUUUAAUGUAGUAGUUUAAAGGAGUUUUUAUUCUUUUUGUGUUUCUA